GGGCGGCGGGCGACGGGCGGGAGCGCAGAAUAGCACUGACGGCCGAUCGGGACGGAGGUGUGACUGAGGAAGCUCCCUUGUUGCGCCACGUUACUUCUGGUUACCGUGCUGCGGGGAGACAGACGCCACUAUGCCUUGGCAGGACAUGGGUGACGACCCUUGUCCACCACGAAGAAAACCUAAGGAUUUUGGUAAAGGCAUUAGAAAGAUUAAUGUCACUACGAACCAUUUUGAAGUCACCGUAAAGAAUCCCACCAAAAAUGUUAUACAUUAUGAUGUGGACAUCAAGUCGGGUGAUAAUAUGGCAGUCAGAUUGCCAAAGAAACUGCGCAUGAUGAUAUUUCAAAAAAUGAGGGAAUCAUUUCCAAAAGUUUUUGGGAAUCAUGUACUUGGAUUUGAUUCAGAAAAGAGUGCUUACUCCUUAACACCUCUUUUCCAAGAAAGCAAGACCAAGCCUGACAGGAAGUUUGAGGUUGAAAUACAUGAAUUUGGGAGGUCUCAAAAAUUCAUAGUAACUCUGAAAAGUGUCAAUUGUGAGAACUUAUCAACUCUGAUGAAUGCACUAAAGGCUGGAAAUGAGAAGAUACCACAAACCAUCAUACAGAUGCUAGAAGUGAUUUUCCAACACAACCUCUGCUUACAAUAUGAGAAGAUUGGUCGCAACAAAUUUUUCUCAACAGGAAGAGAUUUUGGAACUCCUUUUGGCAUUGGAGGAGGAAAAGAGGUCUUGGGUGGGUUUUUUGGCUCUUUAAGACCUGUUGGAUGGAAAGACAACACAAUGCUCCUAAAUGUUGAUGUGGUGAAUGCUGCCUUCUACAAAGAACAGAGUGUUAUUGAAUUCAUCAAGGAGCUGCUUGAUAUUUCUGACCGUGAGCUUUAUCAGCCCCUAUCACCAUACCAUAAAAGGAAGAUUACCAGCAGUUUGAAAAAAAUGAAGGUACGGGUAACUCAUUCAAACAUACCAAGAACCUACAAGGUGGUGGAAAUAGGAGACUUAGGAGCAGAUAAACAGACUUUUCUUCAUGAGGAUAAGAAGUGCACUGUGCAACAGUACUUCACCCAGAAGUACCACAUACAGCUUCGCUUCCCAAAACUUAACCUCUUGCAAGUUGCUCCUGAAAAUAAGAAAAUCUACUUGCCUAUUGAGUGUUGUAAGAUAGCUAAAGGACAGAAGGUGCAAGGAAAACUAAGUGAUAACGAGGCAGCACAGUUUAUUAGAAAAACAGCCAAGUUACCACGUGAAAGGCUUCAGAAUAUCACCCAUAUGGUCAAGGAGCUAAAGUUUUCAUCUGACCCAAAUAUAAGAGGCCUGGAGUUCUCCAUAUCAGAGAGACCCAUGGCUGUAGAGGGUCACAUUCUGCAGGCUCCACAGCUACGUAUGAAUAAGGAAUUUCCACCAGUGAAGGGAGUGUGGGACAUUAGAGACAAGAUCUACUUUUCAGCAGCUGCUCUCCAAUGCUGGGUUGUUCUCAACUACAGCAUUCGCUUCAUCAGAAGUGAUACUUUGAUGCAAUUCAUCAACAACAUGAAGAAGAUGGGCAAGGAGCGGGGAAUGAACAUAAAUGAUCCAGCCCUUAUUUUUGAUGCCCGCAAUCCUGCUCCAGAGACAGAUCUUCUAAAUGUCAAGAAGAGGUAUCCUGAUGUUCAACUCAUUGUGGUUGUCCUGCCAAAAGAUGGAGACUACUAUGCACGUAUCAAGAAAAUUGGAGACCGAGAAAUCUCUGUGGUGACACAGUGUGUAAGAGACUCAAAUGUGAACAAAAAUGGACCCCAAAUUGUUGGUAACCUUCUGCUGAAAAUCAAUGCCAAGAUUGGAGGUGUCAACAAUGUUCUUGGACAGCAUGGACUAGUGGUAUUUAACACUCCUGUCAUCAUAAUGGGUGCUGAUGUCAACCAUCCCCCCGCUCAUGACAAGAUCACUCCUUCCUUGGCAGCAGUAGUUGCCUCAAUGAAUAGACAUGCCUCAACUUAUGCUACAGAGGUUCGUCAUCAAAAGCACAGAACUGAAAUGAUUCAGGAAAUGAAAGCGAUGACAAAAAAUCUUCUUCUUACAUUUUACCGAAUCAAUAAAAGAAAACCAGAGAGGAUCGUAAUGUUCCGUGAUGGAGUUAGUGAGUCUCAGUUCUUGGAAGUAUUGUCUUUUGAGCUGAAGGCCAUGAGGGCUGCCUGCACAGAGCUGGAGAAGACUUAUGAGCCAUCCAUGACCUUCAUUGUUGUGCAGAAAAGACAUCAUACAAGAUUGUUUUGCAGUGAGCGUGAUGGAGUAGGAAAGUCAGGCAAUGUUCCUCCUGGCACAACAGUGGACAACACAAUCACCCACCCAACUCAGAGGGAUUUCUACCUAUGUUCUCAUCAAGGUAUCAUUGGAACCAGUAGACCUACACACUACCAUGUGCUGUGGGAUGACAGUGAUCUGUCAAUGGAGAUGCUACAGAACCUGACCUAUGCCAUGUGCCACCUUUACUCCCGUUGCACUCGCUCAGUGUCCAUUCCCACUCCAGCCUACUAUGCUCACUUAGUGGCCUUCAGGGCUAAACUUCAUAUUCGUGACCUGUGUCCAAGUGAAACUGCAUCCUUGUCUUCAGGUGAAGAACAGUCUGUUCCAAGUGAUGCUGUAAUGACUCAAGCAGCAAAAGUAGAUAUUCAUGACAAAAUUGCCACACAUUUGUACUUUGUGUAAACUUGGAAAGAAUGGAAAACAGAUACUUUACAGAUACUUUCCAUUCAUGGAUGUUCUUAACUAUAAUUGUCUACACAUCCAGAGUAUUCCAAGUAUCAAUAACUGUUAAGGAAAUCAAACUUCUUUACCUUUUUUUUUUUCAUCUUAUUUUCAUUCAUUAAUAUUAAUGGUCCCUUGUCCCUCCACUAUCCUUCACCAGUAAGUUUUCUCUAUGUACAUGCUCUGGGUCCUUUUAGUUUGAAUACCAUGAUAAAGUCACCUCUUCAUUCUUGCAAUUUAGGUAACAUAAAUCUGUGCUGUUGCAUUGCAUUGCAGUUCUCUUAAGCUUGGUACAUACAACUUUUUUUGCCAUUUUUUGUACUUUAAUCAAAUUGUGUAUAUGUUUUUUUCAAGUGAGGCGACCACACCAUGGCUGCAUAAUUGUAAUCUUUCCUUAGAUGCUAUCCACAUUCUUAGCAUAUCCUCAUCCAUCUAGUUAACUGCCACUUUUAUGUUUGUCAGCAACCUAAAAAAAUUAUAAUUAUCUUGGUAAUGUUUCUUUGGGGAAAUACUGUUUUCUGAACUGUUACUCCCAGGUCACUUUCAUCUUUUGCUAUACCAAAGGCCUCGCCACCUAUAUUAUGUUUCCAUCUUGGUCUUUCUUCACGUUCCAAUUUCUAAAACCUGAUAUUUCUUUGUAUUAAAAACCAAUUUCUAUGUAUUACUCUUCUUAUGCAAUUCAUACAGCUCUUUACAACUUUUAAUGCCAUUUAUUGGCUCCUUGAGUUUUGCAUCAACUGCAGACAGAUUUGCAUAGUUUGUCAAAAUCAUCUAUGAGGAUGCCCUGUCAAUUAUGAUUUCCCUGAUCCGUCUUUGGCAAAUAGCUCUCCAUCCAUAUUAACAUCUUCCCUUGCACUCCCUCGAAGGUUUUCAGUUUUCAAAGGAGCAUCCUGUGUAGUACUGUCAAAGAUUCAAUAUACUCAUCCUUCUGUACAAUAUCCACAGUUCUAUUGUAGAAGCUCAUUAAGUUUAAAAUGCACUUUGAUCUCUCUCUGAACCCAAACUGCUUUUCUUCCAGGAACUGGGCCCAUCUAAUCAUAUUUAAAAAAUUCACAUGGCUUACAUUAUCCACAUGUUAGCGAUCAAGCAUGUAGCUGAAGGUGUCUUCUUUAUUGCUGCUUCGUAGAUAGGAACGAUCUCUGGUUUCUUCCAGACUUGUGCCUUCUCCAUCAUUCAAGGAUUCACAUACUUGUUCUUCCAGUUGCUCUGCACACACUCAAAACUCACCCAGCUACUCAUUUGGUCCCAUCACCUUCCUUACAUCAAACUCAACUUUUUCCACUUAAUAACAACUGUACUCAGCUCUGGAAUUUUUUUUUUUUUUUUUUCUUCUUUCUUUCUCCCCAAGAACCUAUGUAAUUUUUCAUUGAUGGCUUCACAUAUUUUCCUCUUUCAAAUGUCACAUCGUCCAUCUUUAGGCUUCAUAAGCAGUCUCAUAUUCAUGUUUACAGUGUCUUUAGAUAUGGAUAUAUGUAUUAUUAUGGAAACCUGUUUAAGAUAUAAUUGUAUUAUUUCUCCAUUGUGUCCCCUUGCAUAUCUUGUUACCAAGUAAAUUAGACACAUAAAAAACUGUCUGUUAACAUGUAUACUUAGUAAGCAGUCAAUAACAUUAAAGGUGUGGUUUGACCCCUCUCCACCUGGGCCAACUACUAUAGUUACUAUACUUACUCUUCCACGCUGUCUGCUGUGACAGCCAGACCUCACCCGCUAGUCCACUUAACCAUUUAGCAGGUUGUCUGGUCCUUUGUUAAUAGCAGAUAGAAGCAGCUAAUUUAGGCUUUCUACCAAUGAGGAGGUAUAGUUCAUUAUUUUCUUGAAACACAUUUUAGGCUCCUACAACCAAUAGGGUAAGAGUUUAUUAUUUUCUUGUGUAAAUGAUGCAACUACAGUAUGGUAAUAAUGAUAAGUAAUUAAAAUCAUUUAUUUGAUGAAA